AUGGAAUUCUUAUCUGACACCAUGAUGCCAAAGGAUACACAAACAAGCAUCCCAGAGUCACAGGAAGAGUUUGACGGUAUCUCUUUAUCUGAGAGUUCUGUAAAUGAACCUGAUGAAAACAAUGACCAACUAUCACAAGAUGAAACAAUUGAAGUAAUUGAACCCACGAAAAGAACGGAAUUCAAAAGCCCAUUGAAACGCAACCGAAAAAAGCAAAAGAGAGAUGAAAUGGAUGACAAAUUUUUGGAUAUUGAGAGGCAAAAGUUUUCAUUGUUUUCAAAGGCUGCUGACGAAAUGAGAGAUGAUGACUAUCAAUAUUUAAUGAGUCUCCUGCCAUAUCUGCGAAAAGUUCCGCAUGCACAUAAACUACAGGCCCGAGUGGAGAUGAUGAAUGUGCUCGUGAAAUACACCACUCCUCAGUGUUCACCCCUAUCAUCACAGCACAUGACUUCGUCCCUGGCCUCGCCGCCUUCUUCUCUGCACAGCGAAUCUUCGUCAAACCUUCAAGAAUUUUACAGUACUUUCAAUCCUGCCGGAGCGCAUCCACCAACUUUUCAUCAAUUUCAGUAG